CACUUCAUUGACACUAAAGCGGAAGCGAAAGAAUUAUCUUCCCCCACAUGUUACAAGAUGGAGCCGUUUAGUGAGAUGGGACUAGACGACCGAAUUUUGAAGGCCAUUGCUCAAUUAGGAUGGUCAGAACCUACACCUAUUCAAGAAAAAGCAAUCCCUUUAGCUUUAGAAGGAAAAGAUGUUUUGGCAAGAGCCAGAACAGGAUCUGGAAAAACAGCAGCCUAUGUUAUACCAGUUGUUCAAAAGCUGUUGGAUUCAAAAGUUAAUGCAGUACAGCAGGAAGUCAGGGUUGUAGUUUUGACUCCAUCUAAAGAACUCUGUGCCCAGGCAUACAAGAAUAUUCUGGAAGUAAGCAGUUGUUGCUCUAGAGAGAUCAAGUGUGUGGAUGUGUCACCUACAGCUUCUCUUGAGUCACAAAGACCUAUGCUUGUGGAAAAGCCAGACAUUGUAGUGGGGACACCAAGUCGCAUCCUUGCCCAUGUGUGUGCUAAAAAUAUGACACUACAUGCUGUACAGAUGGUUGUUGUAGAUGAAGCAGACUUGGUGUUUUCUUUUGGUUAUGAAAACGACAUUAAGAAACUGAUUGAAGAAUUGCCAAAGAUCUAUCAGGCAUUCUUAAUGAGUGCCACAAUGAGUGAAGAUGUCAAAGACUUAAAAAAGCUUGUGCUUCACAACCCUGUCAUCCUAAAGCUAAAAGAAUCACAACUGCCAGAGCAGAGCCAACUCACCCAGUAUCAUAUUAAAUGUGAACGGGAAGAUAAGUUUGCAAUUGUGGCAGCUUUGCUGAAACUAGGACUUAUUCGGGGCAAAUCCAUCUUCUUUGUGAACUCUGUUGACAGUUGUUACAAAUUGAAGCUCUUUCUCGAGCAGUUUGUCAUUCCAGCAUGUGUACUCAACUCAGAACUGCCAGUCCACUCUAGGUGUCAUAUUGUCAGUCAGUUCAACAAGGGACUCUAUGACAUUAUCAUUGCAUCAGAUGAAUCUCUUUUGGAAAACCCAAAACAGAAUCUCCAGUCUAAAGGGAAAAGCACAAGAAAGAAGGACAGGGAGUAUGGAGUAUCCCGUGGAAUUGAUUUUCAGAAUGUGUCCAAUGUCAUCAACUUUGAGUUUCCAAAGUCAGUAGAUGCUUACAUUCAUCGUGUGGGCAGAACAGCCAGGGGAGGAAAGCAAGGCACAGCUUUGUCUUUUGUGAGCAUGAGUGAGGCAGACCUCUUUACUGCUGUGGAGGAGGCUCAGGCGACUGACCAAGAAUCAGAGAGUGUAUUUAAGCCAUUUCAGUUUAAGAUGGCAGAAAUCGAAGGUUUCAAAUACAGGGCAAAGGAUGCCAUGCAAGCUGUGACAAGAACUGCCAUACGGGAGGCUAGGUUGAAAGAAAUCCGACAGGAGAUCCUGGCAUCAGAGAAACUCAAGACAUACUUUGAAGAGAAUCCACGUGACCUGCAAGUAUUACGACACAACAAGCCUUUGUUGACAGUGAAGACACCAUGUAGCUUAAAAAAUGUUCCCGACUACCUUGUCCCCACGACAUUGAAGGCAGUUGCUAGGCGACAGAAAAGGAACUUCAAAAAGCCAGAUGGAGAAAAGGCAACAACCAGAGCUGAGGCCAAAUUUCAGAAAAGGAAAGCAGAUCCUCUCAAGAGCUUUGAGUUCUCAGGAUUUUCCAAAAAGAAAAAAAAGUGAUUUAAUGCAGACUUCACUGAUUGUGGUGUGUGAAUAAUGUAAAGAUACAAGUCAUGUUCAGCCUAACUGUUUAUGUUCAUUGCUGUUUAUGAAAGUGGCACUCAAGAGUUCAUUUUGAAAGCAGCACAUGUUAAAUGUUUUUCCUUUAUUUAAUGCUUGCUUGAGUCCAUAUUAAUCAUUCAAGUUUAUAGCAUGCAGACCAAAUCUUUUAAAUAAGCACAUACAUAAUAAGAACUAACACAUGCACUCACAGUUUUAAUAAGUUGAUUCAGAUACAUUUGCCUUCAUGUUCCCAUGGGUGUGUGCUCUGUAGUAUAUGACUUUUAAGCCAGUUGAAUGCCCUUCAUAUCAAUGCUAGGUUUUGGGGUUGUUUUUUUUUUUUAAAGCAGCUGUGAUUACAAUGAGUGUAUUU